GUGGUUUUCACAGCCGCACGGUGCAAUGUCGCUCCUAGUUACGGGCACUAUUUAAACGCCGGUGACAUGGCUGCUACCAACGCAGUAUCGUUUCAACCAGCGAGCGUGUCGCAAAAUCAGCGUUCGAAUUAGGCUAUCAACCGGCGAGGCCCGAAGAAGAAAAAGGGCAACCAAAUAAACACUAACCGAGUGUUUAUUUGCAAAUAACCGAAAAAAAAACCCGUCACACAGGCAGAUAAAGAGCCGCCAGACAGUAACGGCCCGGCACGGCAGACAGUGAUUUGUUUGAUUAGCGCGUGGAGUGGUGUGUCCGCGGAAUUAGUUUGAAAGCUCAUUGCGAGUCGUGUGUGCGAUCUGCAAAUCUGGUAUGGAACAGUGUCGCCGUGUUUAACGAAACAAUCGAUCGCCGAAGAGUGCUGUAAAACACACCGAAACAUGGUGCUGGUAAAGAGAUUCUGUUUGUACAUUAGUGCGUUCGUUGGCGUGUUGCUGUACGUUGUGGUGGACAGCAAAGCAUGUGACCCACCGCCGUACGUGAAUCGCAGCUUCUGGGACGCAAAACCCCCCAAACUGAUCGAACGAUUUGCCGGACCCAUUCCGUACGUUAUCAUCCACCACUCGUACCAGCCGGCGGCGUGUAACAGUAAGCUGGAGUGCAUCAAAGCGAUGCAAUCGAUGCAAAAGUUCCACCAGGACGUGCGCAGUUGGAACGACAUCGGCUACAGCUUCGCCAUCGGUGGCGAUGGACGGAUAUACCAGGGGCGAGGAUUCAAUGUCGUCGGUGCUCAUGCGCCCCGCUACAACGACAAGAGUGUCGGAAUUUGUCUGAUCGGUGAUUGGAUCGCGGAAUUGCCACCCAAAACGAUGCUCGCCGCUACGGAAACCCUCAUCGAAUACGGCGUCCGAAACGGCAUCAUCGCCCAGAACUACACGUUGCUCGGGCACCGGCAGGUUAGGAGCACGGAAUGUCCCGGUGAUAGGCUGUUCGAAGAGAUCAAAACGUGGCCACACUUUUCUCCGAUGACCGACGUCGGCGAUAAAAAUAAUGUAUGACCCGAUCGGGUAGACGGGUAACGACUUUUGCCGAACAGCAUUCCUAGCAUAUCCUGCGCAAAGUAUUAGUGUUGAUGAGAAGAGGUAUUGAUAAAUAUGGUAUGUUGUUCAUAUGAAUGUUCCUUCAAAAUACAGGGCUUCAGGACAAGCUUA